AGAGGGGAGGUUCCGAUCUGGGCGGCCGCGGUUCACGGAGACCCUGAGAUCCCAGCUGGGGGGCCCGGUCCGGGGUCAGGCGCUCGUACAGGCGUUGCACGCGCUGCUCCAGGCUCUGCUGCACCGAGGGAACAGAUCAUCUACCAUGCGCCCCUGCCCACUACUCCAGGCAGCUCGCCACCUACUCAGUGGCGCACCCCCAGACUGAGCUCCCCGCCUUCCUUCGGGCAGGAAGUUGGCGCUGAAGAGAAAGGCGGAAUCCGAGCGCUUUGAGCUGGAGACUUUGCAAGACUGGAUGGGGGUUCUCAGGAAGCAGGGUUUGGGGCAGUGAGGUUGUUGGGGAGAGGUGCAGCAUCCCUUCUUCUCUGUCUCCGGCUAGGAUGAAAGGUGCUACGGACGAGCGAGCGGGGAAAGCUUUCAGAGUUCAUGGGCGGGGUCCCCGGCGAAGGCCGUCGCCCCACCGCCUGUGAGACUAGUUUUUUGCCUCAGUUUCCAGUUAGUUGCCCCUCUCUUUCAGUCUCUCUUUCGGAAGAAUCACUUUGUAUCGAAGGAAAGGGACAUUAACUGCAAAGUCCAGGUGUCUCCUUUUCCUAGCUCAGGGAUGGGGCGUAGGAGUGAAGGAAGGCACGCGUGGCGUGGAGUCCGCGUUGUCGCGGGCUACACGGCGUUGGGACCUCGCCCCCCUCUAGAGCAUGGGUUGACUCACCCGGGGAUUUCCACCUCCCCACCCCCGUCCCUAUCCUUGUUGUUAGAUGCCCGAGGCGACACCCGCAGAGCCUACUGUCCCCUGCGGGGCAACAUGGGAGCAUCACUGAGGGGGGGGGAGGGAAUGAAGUAGCUGUAGUUACUCUCUCCAGUGCCCCAGGAAUCUGGAUGUGGGGGGCCUCUGGUGGGGUGCAGAAAUGUGGCCACCCCCUGUUGCUUUGUGCAGGAUAGGGACAUCCUGCGCGCGUGUCGGGGUCUCAGGAGAGAGAGAUGGCGCCGCCCCAGCGCAAGCGAGUGUGGAUACCACGCAUUCCUCGGCCUGAUAAGGAGCUGGAGAGUGCUGCCUGAGCCAGGCGGGUCUUACUGUCGCCAAGGAGACGCGCCCGGCUUCAGCUUCCUAUAGUGUGCUCAGCCCCAUGGCCCCAGCCGGCCACUGAGCCCCACCAUGGGCGGCUUAUACUCAGAGUACCUCAAUCCUGAGAAGGUUCUGGAACACUACAAUUACACCAAGGAGACGCUGGACAUGCAGGAGACCACCUCCCGCAAGGUGGCCUCGGCCUUCAUCAUCAUCUUGUGCUGCGCCAUCGUGGUGGAGAAUCUUCUGGUGCUCAUUGCAGUGGCCAGGAACAGCAAGUUCCACUCAGCAAUGUACCUGUUCCUUGGCAACCUGGCAGCCUCUGACCUGCUGGCAGGCGUGGCCUUCGUGGCCAACACCUUACUCUCAGGGCAUGUCACUCUGUCCUUAACUCCCGUGCAGUGGUUUGCCCGAGAGGGUUCCGCCUUCAUCACGCUCUCCGCCUCGGUCUUUAGCCUCCUGGCCAUCGCCAUCGAGAGACAAGUGGCCCUCGCCAAGGUCAAGCUCUACGGCAGUGACAAAAGCUGCCGAAUGCUGAUGCUCAUCGGGGCCUCUUGGCUGAUAUCGCUGAUUCUGGGUGGCUUGCCCAUCCUGGGCUGGAAUUGUCUGAACCAGCUGGAGGCCUGCUCCACCGUGCUGCCUCUCUAUGCUAAGCACUACGUGCUCUGCGUGGUCACCAUCUUCUCCGUCAUCUUACUGGCUAUCGUGGCUCUGUACGUCCGAAUCUACUUUGUAGUCCGCUCCAGCCACGCGGAUGUUGCUGGUCCUCAGACGCUAGCCCUGCUCAAGACGGUCACCAUCGUACUGGGUGUUUUCAUCAUCUGCUGGCUGCCGGCUUUUAGCAUCCUUCUCUUAGACUCCACCUGUCCCGUUCGGGCCUGCCCUGUCCUCUACAAAGCCCACUAUUUUUUUGCCUUUGCCACCCUUAACUCACUGCUCAAUCCUGUCAUCUAUACGUGGCGUAGCCGGGACCUUCGGAGGGAGGUGCUGCGGCCCCUGCAGUGCUGGCGGAGAGGGAAGGGAGUGACGGGACGCAGAGGUGGGAACCCUGGUCACCGACUCCUGCCUCUCCGCAGCUCCAGCUCCCUGGAGAGAGGCAUGCAUAUGCCUACAUCACCGACAUUUCUGGAGGGUAACACAGUGGUCUGAAGGGAAAAUGUGAACUGAUAGUUAACCAAGCCACAGAGAGCUCUGUGGGGAGAGACCAGGUGACCUCAUGAUGUCCCUCAGUGCUGCAGGUCUGGAGAAACUGACCACAGCUCAUAGGUCAGGUGACCAACGGAGGCACUGACUAAUCAGAUUGUAGUACUGUGACUGUGGGGAUCAUUAAGGGUCUAGGGUGACCGCAGGCUGGAGCUUAGGGCUAGACAUUUGCCACUUGAUACAAAGGGUGUCAGCAUUCUGUCUGUCCUAUCUUCCAGCCCCCCUGGUUCCCGUCCUGCCGCCUCCUUUUUAGGGCCUCUCUACAUAGCCUUGACUGGCUUGAACUUUCUAUGCAGACCGGGCUGACCUGGAGCUCACAGCAGUCUAUCUACCUGUCUGUGUUCUGAGGGUUGGGUAGCAGCUCACCCAGCUCCUGCCCCCUUCCAUAAACAACCUUAGGCCUCUGAAGGAAAUGCUGUCUGCAGCGGACCCAAGGCUUCUUCCCUGUCUUUCUGAGGCCUAAAUCCACAGCUUCCCCAAUUUCAUCAACUGCUGCUUCUUCUCUUUCCUUUCAUAUUCGGGGAAAGGAAACCACUGUGGGGGCAGGGAGGAGGCCUGGCAUCCCAGUCUUUAUUUUCAGAUCUCACUGGCCACUCGCUUUAUUGGUGAGCCGAGAGGGAUCAGGUGAGGCAGUAUGGGGCAGCUGUUGAGGAGACUUUGGGCUCUCACUCUCGGGGAGGUGAUGGUCAUUCCUGGAACUCCUCCCCCCACACCCAGCCUUUCUCCCCAUGAGCUCAUCACCUCUUCAUCCUAUCCCAGGUACCACGGCCCUUAAGGCAGGGCAGCCUUGAGCUGGAUGUGGCUGCUUGCAACUUGUCUGUGCUGUUUUUUAAAAUUGGGACAGGGUCUCAUGUAGCCCAGGUUGGUCUCCAGCUCACUGUGUAGCCAAGACUGGCUGUGGACUUCCGAUCCUCCUGCCUCCACUUCUGGAGUGCCAGUAUCUGUAUCACAGGGGUGUACCACCACCACCUGUCUUGAAAAUUGCCAUGAAUGACAUAGUUCACAUAGCCAUGGGUGGCCAAGGACACUCCUGGGUACUCUUACUGCAUCUUCCCUUGAAGGACUUUGCUAAAUCCUGUGGAGAAAUAGAAAAAUCCAAUACGGUACAAACUGUAUUUAUAUGUGUCUGUGUGUCAAUGUGGGGUCUGUGACCUCCUAUCCCAGUGUGGGUGCUGUCUGACCUCUUCUGUGCACAUCUGUAUCAAGACUGCUAGAAAGAUAGACAGGGGUGGGGUGUGUCUGUGGGGGUCUGGCCAUGAUCAGGCCUCCUGGGAAUUGCUGAUUCAUCUCUCCCACGCAUAGAAACCUCUUCCUUGAAGAAAUAUGUGAAAGAAAAGGCUGAAGAAGGGGAGAUUUGGGAGGCAAGGAGCCUGUCGGGAGUGUGUCUCCCCUCAUAUAGCUUCCCAGAUGUCCUCCUUGUGCUGGAAACCCAGAUCUGGGCCAAUAAACAGUUCAAUUUCUCUUGC